AGCAGCAGCAGUUUGUUGCUUCCUACAAGUGUUAAUCAUGACGACAAAAGUUAAAGCGCUGUAUGACUUCUCAGGCGAAGUCAACUCGGUUGAGUUGUCAAUCAAAGCUGGCGAAAUUCUCACUUUCAUCAGGGAUGUCGGUGCCGGUUGGUACGAAGGAGAGAACUCAAAAGGCCAGGUCGGCCUCUUUCCAGAGAACUAUGUUGAAAAAAUCGAGUCGGCGGGCCCGCCCACUAUUCCGCCACCGCAGCUACCCUCGACAUACUAUGAAGAGCCUCCUGGAGAGGAUCCGUGGUCUGCAGAAAACUCUAACUCCAACGCAAACCAGCAGCAAAACCAACAGGAUGAUUUUUGGGAUGACGACUGGGACGACGACUCUGAAACAGGCCAGCAGCCCCCUGCAAACGCCCCCUCCACCCCCUUGGAGUUCAGGCAGCCGGCUUUAGACAUCCACAGAGGCUUCGAUACGCACAGCGUCAUCAGCACAAAUGCUGGAGACAGAGCACCGCAGGCAAAGAAAAAUUUCAACAGAUUUUCCGCCUUUGUCAAAUCUGGUGGUGAAAGCUACAUUCUAGGAACGGCCAAAGUUAGCGUGUCUGAAGCCGAGAAGGUGUACAUUAUGGAUUCUGGAACAAUGAUCUUGUGGAAUGAUCAACAUAAAGGAUACAAUGUUGAAGUUGCAUCUCCUAAAAAGGAAUCUAAAAUGAGAGGACUUAAAAGCUACAUUGCCUAUAAACUGACACCUUCGUACAACGGAAUUCAAGUAUCUCGCAGAUAUAAGCAUUUUGACUGGCUGCAUGAGAGGUUAGAAGAGAAGUUCUGUCUAAUUCCUAUUCCUCCAUUGCCCGACAAGCAAAUAUCAGGCAGAUACGAGGAGCAGUUUAUAGAGCACCGACGACUGCAAUUGCAACUCUUUGUUGACUGCGUGUGUCGCCAUCCCGUCUUGUCUCAGAGUGCAGUCUGGAAGCACUUCAUUGAGUGCACUGACGAAAAAAUGUGGAAGGCGGGCAAGCGAAAAGCCGAAAAAGAUGCGCUCGUUGGAGCAAACUACUUUGCGUGUCUUCAGGUGCCAGACAAGGUCAUCGACCCUUUUGACCUCGAGAGGCACACAGAGAAUGCGCAUAGGUUUGUUACCAGCAUGGACAACUCUGUAAAAAAUGUGAUGGCUCUGGCUCAGGACCAGACCAAGAAAUGUCAGACUCAGUACAAAAGAGAGUACCAGAAGAUUGGCCUGACUUUCCAGAUGCUUGGUACUUCAUUUGACCUGGACAAUUCUUCUGUGAAUCUCACAACGGCAAUCAAACGAACUGGCGAGGCGUAUAACAACAUAGGGAAAAUGUUUGAAGAGCACCCAAAGAUGGACUGGGAGCCGCUCGCAGACCAAAUGCACAUCUACAAGGGCAUGCUUGCCUCGUUUCCAGACAUUUUGCAAGUCCACAAGGAUGCUGUUAACAAACACAAAGAAAUGGAGAAGUCGCAGCAAAUGGCUUUGCCAGACAUGAAGCGACGAACGGACGUCAUGUCCUAUUCGCUGCUGGCAGAAAUAAGUAAUUUCCACUCUCAAAGGGAAGAGGACUUCAAGACUGCAAUGAAAACUUUCUUGAAUGAACAAAUCAACCUAUACCAAAAUGCGACACUGGAGCUGCGGAAAGCCCUGCAGAUGUUCGACCAAUAAGUGGACUGCUGCUCAAUCAAUCAGACUCUGGAGUCAUGAGUUUAUUCAAAGCAAUCGCCAGAAGCUUCCAUUGUUUCAGAUUUAAGGAAGUAUGUUGCCCGAUUCGCUAUGAUUAUGCUUUUAUUAAAUAGUUAGGCCUCACAAUAAUCUACCCAAUGCUACAUAAACUCACCACGUUACAUUGAUAGAAUUUUUGUUUGAAAUUUUAAUGUCACCAAACCAAUAUCAAGACAUUGACUAAUUUAACGCGCAAAAUUACCAAUUUAGGUGCAAAACUUUUCAUGGCAUUUUAGUCUUUCCUUGACAAAGACGUUAUUAUGUCUUGCUUAUUGAGUUGUCAACAAUAUCAUUCUGCAUUUUGAUUAAAUGUUUUUGAAUGAUUCAUUUGGGAAAUGCAUUGAUAACAACAGAAACGUGGAUUGAAUGUAUCACUUUUAUUGACCAAUUGAUCUGAAAAUACAUCUUUUGAAGAACUUUCCCGACAUGUAGUCACCAAUCUUGCCCUCAUGUUUGUAAAACCACUGAAACUCAUCAGGGAAGUGCCAUAAACAGGUAGACUCGCACAAAAAUGUUUGAGAUUAUAGUGACUCAAAUGUGCUUUCAAAUCAGUGUGUACUCACAUAAUUGUUGUGAACUAACGAUUACCUGAAAUGUCUAUUUUUCCUAAAGAGCUUAUCACAGAAAAUCUUUUCUACUGUAUCGCCUGUUUGAGAAGCGGAUAUUGUGCACUUUUGUCUAGUCCUAUGCAAUUAUCGAGCAGCUUCUGAAGACUUAUCGAAAUUUGAGUUUAGUUUUAAGGUUGACUCUAAAUUCCUUCAGUGCUAUCUCAACUUUUAAUCCAUUCCGUUUUCCCUUCUCUGCUAUAUUCCACUCGCACUUAUGACUACAGCAAUAUACAUAUUACGUUUAAGUUACAAGUAUUUGUUUAUAACAUCUCAUUUACAUAUGUACAUGUGAAUAAUCGGAAAGAAAUAAAGCAUAAUAUUUUGAACACGA